AUGGUUGGCGGAGCGAAGUAUUUUUGCGUCAUUCUGGUGAUUAUCUUGGGAUUCAGUCGUGCUGUCAGAGAGGGUCGAGAGGAACGUUCAGAGAUCGACGUGGGGCAAAAGGGUGCAUCGUCUCUGCUGCAGUUCGUGGACUUCAAGUCGUUGGGUGGUGCGGCAGUUUCCUUUAUGCCGCCCCAGCUCCGUGGCGCUGCUGGGGGAGCACUGAAUCUUUUGGAGGCAGAGGCGUUACGAAAACAGGUGGGCUUCCGUAAAGCUGUAAUGGGUCUUGUGAAUCAUCUUGUGUUAGGGCGUGGUUCCACUUAUGGCUGGAGGUGA